GUUUGUUGACGUCUGGGGGUUACGAGCAGCGUUACCAAACCUGUCUUAUAACAGGACAGCAUUGCAGUGUCGUUAAAGCUCGAGGGAGCUAAAAGAAACCAAAAUGCUGCUCUCGACAUUACGGACUACUAUCGUUUGCGGUUGUCGGUCUGCUGGAAAGGGUUUUCAACAGAGCAGCUAUCAGCGCCCACAGCUGCGGCAAUGGCUGGUGAGGAGAAACCAGAGCUCCAUCAGUGUCGAGUCAGUGUCCCCUUCCACCCCAGCAGCAUCAAAAGCCGUACCCAAUGCAGCAACGAACCGCAUAGUGGGCCGCUGGUUGCUCGGCUGCAGUGGGCUUGUGGUUGGGGCGGUUGUCUUGGGUGGAGUCACAAGGUUAACAGAAUCUGGGCUCUCAAUGGUUGACUGGCAUCUGGUGAGAGAGAUGAAACCACCUCAGUCUGAGGCAGAGUGGGAGGCUGAGUUUUCCAAGUACAAGCAGUUCCCAGAGUUCAAAAUCCUUAACCAUGAGAUGACCCUGCCAGAGUUUAAGUUCAUCUUCUACAUGGAGUGGGGUCAUCGCAUGUGGGGUAGGCUGGUUGGACUGGCGUACAUCCUGCCUACUGUUUACUUCUGGAAAAAAGGAUACUUCACUCGUUCCCUAAAGGGAAAAGUAUUGGGACUGUGUGGAUUUGUGUUCUUCCAGGGCCUUCUUGGAUGGUACAUGGUAAAAAGUGGACUGGAGGAGAAGCCUGACUCCCAUGAUGUUCCUCGGGUCAGCCAGUACCGUCUGUGCGCCCAUCUUGGUUCUGCAUUAGUGUUGUACUCUGCCAGCCUCUGGACUGGGCUUACUCUGCUGCUGCCUGCACACAAGAUGGCAGACACAAAAAACCUCCAACAGCUCAGAAUGUUUGCAAAGGGUACCGGAGGACUGGUGUUCCUAACUGCUCUCUCAGGUGCUUUUGUUGCUGGCUUGGAUGCUGGGCUGGUGUAUAACUCUUUCCCCAAGAUGGCAGAUAAAUGGAUUCCUGAUGAUAUAUUGGCCUUCUCUCCUGCUCUUAAAAAUUUCUUUGAGAACCCAACCACAGUUCAGUUUGACCAUAGAGUCUUGGCUAUUGGCUCUUUGACAGCAAUCACCGGCCUUUAUCUAUUCUCAAGAAGGAUGCUGCUACCCAGAAGGGCGAAGAUCGCCAUCGGCCUGCUCGCAGCUAUGGCCUACACACAGGUGGCCCUUGGUAUCAGCACACUUUUAUUGUAUGUUCCCACUCCACUGGCAGCAACUCACCAGUCAGGCUCUGUUGCUCUUCUGAGUCUUGCCAUUUGGGUUUUGGCAGAACUUCGUAAAAUGCCAAAGUAAAGCCUUCUUCGUUGUGGACGUAACCGGACCUGCUUAGCCACAUGACACGCCUGAACAGUCUUAAUCGGCACUAAAAUGAACAAGCAGUGAAAAAGAAGGGAGAUGAUCCCUUAUUUAAUCCUGAGGUGUUUUUUUCUAUGCUGUUUAAGCAUGAAGAGACUACUACAAUUAGCGAGGACAACAGAAUUCUUGUCCCAAACUUGAAGACUUAUUAUUCCUCAACUCCUCAAAUGUCCACCUGCCCACAUGUCUGCCCAUUGCCUUUCUAAUUAAGGUUAAGGAAAGCCACUUGCAAAUAAAAACAAUAUCUGCAAUAA